UAACACUGUCUUUUUAUAACAGUAACUGUUUGAUUUGAACAGUGAGGAUAUGUAUGCCCAGGACUCAAUCGACCUUUUGACCAAUUCUGGAAUUCAGUUUCACAAACACGAUGAAGAGGGGAUCGACCCUUACGAGUUUGCCCAGCUGUUGAUGACGUCUGGAGUUGUGCUGUCAGAAAAUGUCAAGUGGAUAUCCUUUCAUAGUGGUUACGACUUUGGUUACUUACUGAAGAUACUUACAGACCAGAAUUUACCGACAGAGGAGUCAGAAUUUUUUGAAUUGCUGCGCAUUUAUUUUCCCACAAUCUAUGAUGUCAAGUACCUGAUGAAAAGCUGUAAAAACUUGAAAGGGGGUCUUCAGGAAGUGGCAGAUCAGUUAGAGGUAAAGGACGGGUUUGGAUUGUACAAAGAAAAAGUAUUCUUUAUGUGGAAUGUAACCUUGAGAGCUUAG